UUUUUUCUAAUUCACUAACGCUUUCGGCUCUCUUUGAAAGUGUAGCUUCUCAGAUGUGCUCCCUGGAGCUGAUGUGCAGUGUCCUGACUGUAAGAUCAAGUCCAAGCCGGUUAUUCCUGACGAAACUUCUCUUUUGGUCUCAGCCCUUGGUGGUCCAGGUCUUCAUGCUACUGCGGGUGAUAUUACUGCUCCUGGCUCCUGUCAACGGACAGCUUGCAAGGACACACAAGUCCGUUAUUUCCCUUCAGCCUCCAUGGACCACAGUCUUCGAAGGAGAGAGAGUGACUCUGACUUGCAAGGGAUUUCACGUCUACUCACCACAGAAAACAAAAUGGUACCUUGGUAAAGAAAUACCAAGAGAAACCCCAGCAAAUACCCUCGAGGUUCGAGAAUCUGGAGAGUACAGAUGUCAGGCCCGGGGCUCCUCGCUCAGUAGCCCUGUGCGCUUGGUCUUCUCUUCAGCUUCGCUGAUCCUGCAAGCUCCGUUUUCUGUGUUUGAAGGAGACUCUGUGGUUCUGAGGUGCCGGGCAAAGGCAGAAGUAACACCGAAUACUAUUUACAAGGAUGAUAAUGUCCUAGCAUUUCUUAAUAAAAGCUCUGACUUCCAUAUUCCUCGUGCAAGUCUCAAGGACAAUGGUGCAUAUCACUGUACUGGACAUAAGGGAAGUUGUUGCCCUGUUUCUUCCAACGCAGUUGAAAUCCAAGUCCAAGAGCUGUUUUCACGCCCAGUGUUGAGAGCAAGCUCCUUCCAGCCCAUCAGCGGGAGCCAAGUGACCCUGACCUGUGAGACCCAGCUCUCUCUAGAGAGGCCAAAUGCCCAGCUCCGGUUCUGCUUCUUCAGAAAUGACCAGACCCUGGGAUCAGGCUGGGGCAGUUCCCCAAACUUUCGGAUUGCUGCCAUGUGGAGUAAAGAUUCAGGGCUCUACUGGUGUAAGGCAGCAACAGUGACUCACAGCAUCAUAUCUGACAGCCUGAGAUCCUGGAUACAGGUGCAGAUGCGCAUGUCUCUUCCUGUCCUCACUCUCAGCCCUAAAGACGUCCUGAAUUUUGAGGGAACCAAGGUGACACUUCACUGUAAAACCCAGGGAUAUUCUCCGGACACUUUGUACCGGUUUUAUCAUGAGCAUGUCCUACUGAAGUACAAGUCAGCCCACUUUGCAGAGGGAGCAUCUAUCAGCUUCUCGCUGACUGAAGAGCAUUCAGGGAACUACUACUGCACAGCUAACAGUGGCCAUGGCCCCCAGCGCAGUAAGGCUGUGAGACUCUCCGUCACUGUCCCCGUGUCUCGUCCUGUCCUCACCUUCGGCUCUGCUGAGGACCUGAAUUUUGAGGGAGCCAAGGCAACACUUCAUUGUGAAGCCCAGAGAGGCUCGCUCCCCAUCCUGUACCAGUUUUAUCACGAGGAUGUCAUCCUGGAGAGUAGGUCAGCCUACUAUACAAGAGGAGUGGCCAUCAAAUUCUCUCUGACUGCACAGCAUUCAGGGAAUUACUACUGCACAGCUGACAAUGGCCGUGGCCCCCAGCGCAGUGAGGCUGUGAAACUCUUCAUCACUGUUCCUGUGUCUCGUCCUGUCCUCACCCUCAGCUCUGCUGAGGCCCUGACUUUUGAAGGAGCCACUGUGACACUUCACUGUGAAGUUCAGAAAGGUUCUCCCCGGAUCCUAUACAAGUUUUACCAUGAGGAUGUGCCCCUAGGGAGCAGCUCAACACCCUCUGUGGGAGGAGUGUCCUUCAGCUUCUCUCUGACGGCAGGGCAUUCAGGGAACUACUACUGCACAGCUGAUAAUGGCUUCGGUUCCCAGCGAAGUGAGGCGGUGAGCCUCUUUGUCACCGUUCCAGUGUCUCGCCCCAUCCUCACCCUCAGGGUUCCCAGGGCCCAGGCUGUGGUGGGGGACCUGCUGGAGCUUCACUGUGAGGCCCUGAGAGGCUCUCCCCCGAUCCUGUACCAGUUUUAUCACGAUGAUGUCACCCUGGGGAGCAACUCAGCCCCUUCUGGAGGAGAAGCCUCUUUCAAUCUCUCUCUGACUGCAGAACAUUCUGGAAACUACUCCUGUGAGGCCAACAAUGGCUUGAUAGCCCAGCACAGUGACACAGUAUCACUCAGUGUUAUAGUUCCAGUGUCUCGCCCCAUCUUCACCAUCAGGGCUCCCAGGGCCCAGGCUGUGGUGGGGGACCUGCUGGAGCUUCAUUGUGAAGCCCUGAGAGGCUCCUUCCCGAUCCUGUACCUAUUUUAUCACGAGGAUGUCACCCUGGGAAAGAUCUCGGCCCUCUCUGGAGGAGGAGCUUCCUUCAAUCUCUCUCUGACUACAGAACAUUCUGGAAUCUACUCCUGUGAGGCAGACAAUGGUCUGGAGGCCCAGCGCAGUGAGAUGGUGACACUGAAAGUUGCAGUUCUGGUGUCUCGCCCAGUCCUCACCCUCAGGGCUCCCAGGGCCCAGGCUGUGGUGGGGGACCUGCUGGAGCUUCAUUGUGAGGCCCUGAGAGGCUCUCCCCCGAUCCUGUACUGGUUUUAUUAUGAGGAUGUCACCCUGGGGAAUAGCUCGGCUCCCUCUGGAGGAGGAGCCUCCUUCAACCUCUCUCUGACUGCAGAACACUCUGGAAACUACUCCUGUGAGGCCGACAAUGGCCUAGGGACCCAGCGCAGUGAGGCAGUGACACUUUAUAUCACAGGGUUAACCGGAAACAGAAGUGGCUCUGUUGCCACAGGCAUCACCGGGGGCCUGCUCAGUAUGGCGGGCCUUGCUGCUGGGGUACUGCUGCUCUACUGCUGGCUCUCGAGAAAAGCAGGGAGAAAGCCUGCCUCUGACCCCUCCAGGAGCCCUUCAGACUCAGACUCCCAACAGCCCACCUACCACAAUGUACCAGCCUGGACAGAGCUGCAACCAGUGUACAGCAAUGUAAAUCCUAGAAGAGAAGAUGUGGUUUACUCAGAAGUACGGAGCGUCCAAAAGAAAAAGAAACAUACUGCGGCCUCUGACCCCAGGCAUCUCAGGAACAAGGGUUCCCCUGUCAUCUACUCCGAAGUGAAGGUGGCGUCAACCCCGGGCACCAAGUCCCCGCUCUGCGCGUCCUCAGCUCCUCACAGAUGAGCCCACAUGUCUCUCCAGCUGCUGUCUCAGCCUCUGCACCCCAAAGUUCCCCUCGUGGGAGAAGCGGCAUUGAAGUGGGAAGAUUUAGUCUGCCCCAGGCCACAUCCACGGGCCUUCGUUUCCAUGUGCUCCUUCUCAGUGUGACCAGAACGCAGGGCCCUGCCCACUCCCGCCUAUUUUCUAGUUACAGCCCUGCCCGGCGGGUUGUUUCAUCCAAUGGCGACGCACUCCCAUCCCAGGGCGCAGCACGUUUCCGUUUCCGUUUCCCGGCUUCCUUAGCGGGCUUCAGCUGUGGUUGCUAUUCUGAGUACUGCUCCCAUCGCACCCCCACAGAGGGGGUCUUACCACACAAACGGAGAGUGGGCCUCCAGGAGCCGCGGGGCUGGCCUAAACUCCGACACAGAAUUCCCGCUCUUAGCGGAUGCAUUUCUCAAUUGUCAUCAGCUGGCGGAGCUACUGCAGUGUGCUGUCAAACAAGACAGUGCACAUCCCGUGCGCACAGGACUUGUAAUGGAUCUCCCCACAGGGGCUGCAUUUUACACUCCUCCACCUGUCUCAAACUCUGAGGUCAGCAUUUGACACCAGUGUAACGUCUCUCCUGCUCAUGUGCCAAUAUCUACCUGCCCAAGUAACUGGCUUUCAGACACCAGGUCCCAGGUACCUCCCAUCCUAACGGAAGCAACCUAGCAAGUCAAGGCCAGGAGGACCCGGGUGCAGAUAGAACACAUACUGGAACAUAGGAGGUGCUCAAUGACUGUUUGGCUGAGUGAAUGAAUGAAUGAAUGCAUGAGGAAGGAAACUAUUGGAACAUAGGAGGUAGUCAAUGACUAUUUGAAUGAAUGAGGAAGAAAAUUGCAGGUAAUCAAAAUGGCAUAAAAUCCAGUGUGCUCUCUAGGAAGUCCAGGAUGUAUCCUGGCUUCUCUUAGUAAGAAAUCAUGUAAGAAAAGGAGCUUGAGUGAGGAAAACUGUUCAGCAAGAGGAAGGGCUUCUCACACUUUCAUGUGCUUGUGGAUCACCUGAGGAUCCUGUGAAAAUACUGAUACUGAUUCAGUGGGUCUGGGUGGAGCCUGAGACUGUGAUUCUAACAUGCUCCCAGGGGAUGCUGAUGCUACUGAUCCGUGGAGAGGCAGCAUGUGCUGCCCAGAGCCUAACUCGAUUCACAUGGAUCAUGCUGCUUCCUGGCCAGCCCUCGGCCACAGCACCAUCAGCUGCUGUUGCUGAGAGAGCUUCUCUGUGACAUGCUGGCUUUCCUCAGCCACCCUGGCAAAGGGAAAGUAGCUGCCACUAUCUUUGUUUCCCCACCUCAGGCCUCACACUUUCCCAUGAAAAGAGUAAAUGAAUACAGCCUAGCCCUCUCAAUUCAGAGUUGUUCUCCCAUCUCUGAGCAAUGGAUGUUCUGUUCCACUUUUAUGAGGUCUAUCACACCUCAUCUUGAACUUUGCCUGAGACGUUGAUCACCACCUGUGGGGGUCUGUCCUGCAAACCGUGACAGAUGAAUAAAACACUCAAACACAGAGUACAGUGAAUGAGUGGGCCAGGGAGGUUGUCAGCUGCUCUCAGAGCGCAAUUGCAGCUACGCGACCCUUCACAAGCUGUUCCUCCUCAUGUUUAUUCAGCAUAGAUUUAAUAACAGAGGUUUUAAGUCAUCACACUUGUGGAUAAUUAAUAUGGUUAAAAGAGUUGUCUUAUGAAUGAUAAAAGGUUUAGUUCCAGGGCCCAGAGCAAACACCAUUAAUGGGUAAAUUCCCUGGUGGACCUCCUCCCACGAGGGCCAUCCGGCUCAAAGGUUACAUGAGUAAACAAGCUAGUUAGAGGAGAGACAAAGGAAUGUGGGGUAAACAGACUUAACUGGCAAAGCUUCCAUUAUCCCUAAGCUUUACCCUGUGACCUAAUACUCUAAGAUAAGAACUGGCAACCUUCAGCCUGUUCUAUUAUUACAAGUUAUCAAAACCUUUUGGCCUACCAAAAGGUUUGAGACUAUAUCUUAUAACGUUCCCUAAUAUUUCCCUUAAUAUUUUGCCAGCCACCCUGAGUGAAUCCCAACAUUUGCCCCCAAUGGAUUGUAUAGUGAUCACUUCUAAGGCCCAUGGCCCUGAAAUAAAAUCCUUCCAAGGGCAUUCAAA